AUGGGAAAUACUUCAUUCAGGUCACUAUACUCUCUAGCAAUGCAUUCUUGCAACAUUUCUAAGUUCCCCAAGUUCUUGAAAGGCCUUAAUGCUUUAAAGAUUCUUGACUUUUCUGAUAACAAGAUAGAAGGAUCUCUUCCAUCCGGAAUAUGCAAUAUGAGCUACCUACAAGUUCUUGAUGUAUCAGAUAAUAAUUUGAGUGGUUUGAUCCCGGAGUGUCUGGUCAAGCUCGCAAGUCUAUCAGUUUUGAACUUGAAAGGAAACAGAUAUGAUCAAAUGCCUUCUACUUUUACAUUUGCUGACAAUAAUCUUCAAUCUCUGAAUAUAAAUGGCAAUCGAUUGAAAGGGAAGUUGCCAAGAUCACUGGCCAAUUGCAAAAUGCUAGAGAUUCUUGAUUUAGGAAACAAUAUGAUAUCUGAUACUUUCCCAUUUUGGUUGGAAAAACUCCCUUCACUUAAAGUUCUGAUCUUAUGA